CCUGUUCAGCACCCAAAGUCGAAGGAUAGCUCUGGCCUUUCAAUGGAGGAAAGUGCGAGAUUUGUCCGUGUUAUCUAAUAUAACAUUUCUCUGUGCCCAUAUUUGUUUUGGAGCGAUCGGAAUAGUUUAUGCUGAGGUGAAUGACAAAAGUGGUGUCAAAAAUGCGUAAGAAUCAAUGCUAUCCAAGCAGGGAACCACCGAGAAAGGAAUUAUCGCCGCUCAUCUGAGGCCAAUCUCGAUUAUUUUUUUGUCAAAUAAGGAAACAUAACAAGGUAGCUAGCAAGCUAACGUUAGCUUAGUGGAGAGCUAGAUUGUAUAAUCUCCCAGCAUCCGAAUACAGCCCAAGGACCGAGAUUGGAUCCACGCCGUGAAAAACCAACCAACAGGAAAACCUGUAAGCAGCCAUGGGUGCGUUCCUAGACAAGCCGAAGACGGAGAAGCAUAGUGCCCACGGCGAGGGCAACGACUUGCGCUACGGCCUGAGCUCCAUGCAGGGCUGGCGGGUCGAGAUGGAGGACGCCCACACGGCCGUGGUGGGCCUGCCGCACGGACUCACCGACUGGUCCUUCUUCGCCGUGUACGACGGGCACGCCGGCUCCCGCGUGGCCAACUACUGCUCGGGCCACCUGCUGGAGCACAUCCUCUCGGGCGGCGGCGGCGCCGACUUCGGCUCGGGCAGCGCGGCGGCGGUGGAGGGCGUGAAGGACGGCAUCCGCUCGGGCUUCCUGAAGAUCGACGAGUACAUGCGCAGCUUCUCGGACCUGCGGCAGGGCCUGGACCGCAGCGGGUCCACGGCGGUGGGCGUGCUGCUCAGCCCCACGCACCUCUACUUCAUCAACUGCGGCGACUCGCGCGCCGUGCUGUGCCGCGGCGGCCGGGUGGGCUUCUCCACGCAAGACCACAAGCCGUGCAACCCGCGCGAGAAGGAGCGCAUCCAGAACGCCGGCGGCUCGGUCAUGAUCCAGCGGGUGAACGGCUCGCUGGCGGUGUCGCGGGCGCUGGGCGACUACGACUACAAGUGCGUGGACGGCAAGGGGCCAACGGAGCAGCUGGUCAGCCCCGAGCCGGAGGUGUGCGUGAUGGAGCGGGCGGCGGAGGGCGACGAGUUUGUGGUGCUGGCGUGCGACGGCAUCUGGGACGUCAUGACCAACGAGGAGCUGUGCGAGUUUGUGCGCUCGCGGCUACAGGUGUGCGAGGACCUGGAGAAGGUCUGCAACGCCGUGGUGGACACCUGCCUGCACAAGGGGAGCAGGGACAACAUGAGCGUGGUGCUGGUGAGCCUACCGGGCGCGCCCAAGGUGACCGAAGAGGCCCUGAAGAAGGAGGAGGACCUGGACAAAUACUUGGAGUCGCGGGUUGAGGAGCUGCUGGGACGCUUCGGGGACGAGGGGGUCCCCGACCUGGUGUCUGUCCUGCGGAGCAUCGCCACGGAGACCGUGCCCAACCUCCCACCUGGUGGAGGCCUGGCCAGCAAACGGAGUGUAAUCGAGGCCAUGUACAACAGGCUGAACCCACACAGGGAAGAGGAAGGGAGUGCCGGUGACCUGGAGGAUCCCUGGUAGCCAUGGUAACAACCCCUGCCCCUCCCCCCCCCCCUCCCAUGUCUCCUCCCAGUGAUCAGUGCAGCCGUCGAUUUGGAGGAGUUACCCAAUGGUUUUUUUUAUUUUAUUUUUUGGGGGGCCAUGGCUCCUCCACUUGGAAAGAAGGCAUGCAAAGUGUGCUGGGAGAGCUGGGGGCGAAACGCGUGUGUGUGUGGCAACGAGGAUGAUGAUGAUGAUGACGACGACGACGAGGAUGAAAACGACUACUACACACACACACACACAUACUACACACCUACACACACAUGCACACACACACAUGCACCGAUCACCCCCCCCCACCCUGCCCGAGGAAUCUCUACAGAAAUAUUAAGAAAUUAAGGACUGAUCGUAUUGGUAGACAUGAUUAUUUUUUUCCAUUGAGGGUUAUUUUUUUUUCAGUGUUUAUCUUUGUUUUUUUUUGGAAUGUUGACAUUGAUCACAUGACUUCAAAAGGAUUAUGAGGACCUAUUGUGUUGUGCGUGUGUUUAUGUGUGUGUGUGUGUGUGUGUGUGUGUACGCAUGUGCGUGCCCAUGUGAGUGUAACAAUGUCUUGCAGAGGGGCCGAGGUGAGAAGACGUCAGACAAAAGACUGGGCAAUAUUUCUCCUCUCACGGCCUUGUUCAGUCCUGCGAACCCCCCCCCCCCCAACAUAUACGCACACUCAAACAGGCACACUGCAGCACCCAAUAGUAUUCUUACUUGGUGUCCCAAAUUAUCACCUUAUUCAAACUGGUGUUAAAAGGAGAGGGUUGUGGAACGUUUCUGUGGGUGUGUGUUCCCCCCCCCCCCCCCCUAAUAAGAAUAAGAAAAAUACGAAUGUUGUCCCAAGAGUUGAGCUAAUUGCUGUGCUCGUUGUUUAGAGUGGCUCAGAACCCCUCCCCUCCUAAAAGCAGGAAAACUGGCCGCUUCACAUGCACACACACAAACACACACACCACCAAUACCAUUAGCAGCUACCUGGCCGUACAGUGGUGGUGUGGGCCUGUGCCUCUCACCUGCUCACCUGGCCUCUGUCACCCCCCCCCCCCCCCUCCCUCCCUUGCGGCAGACCCCAGCUACCCUCCAUGUCUAACACAGUUUUUAACCCCCUCCUCUGGUUCUCAGACUGCAUUGGUAAUGUUUGUAUUUUGCCGUUGUUUGAUUGCACUCACAUUUGAUUACAGAAAGCGUCUAUAUAUGAAAUAAAACUCCUGCCAAGGGCCAGUGGUCGCAGUCUCCUUCAAUUGUGUUUGCGUAUGCGUGCGUGUGUGCGCAGACACAUCUGCUCACUGAUCUUAUUUUAUUUUCAGAAGUGAUGAGGUGCCUUCUUCACGCAGUUUAUCAUAAACCGUAAAUCGACACACAAUUUUGCUGAAAGAAAUCUUCCAGCCCUUGCAUUGUAGCACGAUUCAUACUUUUGACGUCAUUAUCGUCGUCCACCCAUGUGGGGCCCGCGACGAGUGCGCGCAGUGAAUAAA